GACAGAUUCCACGCGGGUCGCGACUGAGACAAAAGAGGACGGCACCUUUUGGCGGAGGAGGUAACCCAAUUGUAUCGAUCUUGUCCAUUGUUCGCCGUCGUCCACUGCUUCCGCCGCCGCCAUCUCAACUUCUUCGUGGCCGCCUGUCAUCGUUCAUCACCGCCGACUGAGGAGGACAGGGAUCGGAAACAAGAGGGGGGCCGCCACAGCCACUUUGAUCAAUUCCCGUUGGCAUCGCUCGUCUCGCAAUUGAAUCUAAAGGGAGAUUGAACUUCGCCCGAGAGAGAAGUGAACCAGAAUCGGAGUUUCAGAUAGAGCGAGAGGGAGAGCCCCAGUCAUCGCCGUCCGUCCCCCCCAACCGUCUGUGCGCUGAGCUCUGCAGUCGUGUUGCUGGAUAAUCAUUUUCAGGUCCCUCUGUAGGCAGACUUGGGAGAUCUUAGUCGAGUAGCCUCUGUAGUUGGAAUGGCAACUAGACGGCAUGUUAAUUAUAGUCCUCUUGCUAUCGAUGAAGAUGACGAGUACAAUGGCAUGAGACAUGACCGUCGGUUUGAUUACUCUCCAGGGGCUUUUGAUCGAAUUCCAUGGAAAUCUGUUGUGCUUGCAAUUUUCUUGCUCUUUCUCGGAUCACUUCUUCUUUUUCUUUCUUUCUUCGUUUUCAUUGGCCACAUGGGAGGCGAGAAGUCACAAGCGUAUGGUCUCUUAGCCCUGGGAAUCCUUACCUUCUUACCAGGUUUUUAUGAAACUCGGAUAGCAUAUUACUCGUGGAGGGGUGCUAAGGGCUAUCGAUUCGCCGCCAUACCUGAUUAUUAGUCUUGCCUGCAUCUACGGUAAACUCUGGAGGGAUACGUCGUUGGCCCUGUUCUCAACUAUACUAUCUUCUUGUAUAGAAUCUGGCUUUGCACUUGUAGAUCUGGGCAUGCGUUUUCAGCAUGGAAGUGUUUGUAUUGCUUUUGUUGUUGAGGUGGAUAAUUUGGCAAGUGUUUUGGUGUUUUUAGGAAAAGAUCUUGUCUUCUCCAUUGUUUAGAAUUUGUCUAAAACUCUACGUUGAAGUUUGUAAAAGGCGUUCUGCAUCGUUAAAUCUUGCACAUUGCUUGGAAGUUGGAACCAAGUUUCCUUUGCAAACUACUUCUGGAUUCCAGUGACCUUAAUUGCUCUGACUAAAAUCGUG